AUGAAAAAAUUUACCCCAGUAACACCCCAAUUAAAUCUAAGUUCUUCACUUUGCAUUCCAGGUACUAAAAUAAACUAUAAAUUAUUAACUAAAAAUAGAACUUUUUUAAAAAAUACUCCAAACUCAACUCCAACUUAUAUUUGGAAUCCAAAAGUUGGAAAUACAUCCAUUGUUGAUGUCAAUUCUAAAGGUGUUAUUGGUAAUAAUAAUUGUGCUGGAUCUGUUGUCAUUGUUCAAGAACCAGACCAAAUUGUUUUUUCAUCAUCUCAAGUAGAGGUCGAAGUUGGUAAAAAAUUAGUACUCUCAACUAAAUUAUUAUCAAAGCAUUUACCAAAAGGAGUUCAUUUCGAAUCUUGCUCAAUUAAUAAUUUAGAAUGGAAAGUUAAAGAUGAUUCCAUUUUCAAAAUUUUACCACAUGAAAAGGUCGACCAACAAAAGAUAUCAAGUGACAUAUGUUCAUCUCGUGAAUUUUUGGCUCUAAAAGAAGGCUCAACUGUUAUUUCAGUUCAAUACAAUGGAAUGAGAGAAGAAAUUCGUAUUUUUGCUUCUCCACCAGCUGAUCAAAUGGAAGUUUUAUUAAGUUUAGAUUCAUCUGCCGAGGUUUCUUUCUGUGGUGGUAAAGAGACAUGGCAUUUAGAACCAAAGAUUUAUUCCAAAACUAUCUCAUCAGAUAAUAAAGAACAAAACUCACUCUCAAUCACUCCAGGUGAUAAUAAUUCAUUCAAAGUCACUUGUCAAAAACAAUCAAAUGAUCCACAAAAUGUUAUUGUGACUAUUAGAAACAAAAAGAGUAUUAGCAGCCCAUUACCAGAAGCCCAUUCAAUUAAAAUUCCAUUCUUUUGCCGUCAACCAUCAUAUGUUCAUAUUCAAUUUAUAAAAUUACCAAAUGAAGAAGAAGGUAAACAAAUUAUUCAAUCAUCGAAUCCAAUACAUCAAGAUUCUAUUUUAUCAUUGAAAAAACAAAAAUCAGGUGAAAUCAGUCGUUUAAAUAUUCAUAAUAAUAGUGAUUUACCAUUUAUUGCUAUGAAUUCUAUUGCUAAAUAUGUAAAAGGUAGUACCAAUUAUCCAAUUAUAUUUGCAGGUUCCAUCUUUAUUGCCGCCUUUGCUAUUGGUCUUUAUUUCUUCACUUUGCAUUCCAGGUACUAUAAAUUAUUAACUAAAAAUAGAACUUUUUUAAAAAAUACUCCAAACUCAACUUAUAUUUGGUCAUCAAGUAAUCCAAAAGUUGGAAAUACAUCCAUUGUUGAUGUCAAUUCUAAGGGUGUUAUUGCUAAUAAUAAUUUUGCUAGAUCUGUUGUCAAUGUUCAAGAACCAGACCAAAUUGUUUUUUCAUCAUCUCAAGUAGAGGUCGAAGUUGGUAAAAAAUUAGUACUCUCAACUAAAUUAUUAUCAAAGCAUUUACCAAAAGGAGUUCAUUUCGAAUCUUGCUCAAUUAAUAAUUUAGAAUGGAAAGUUAAAGAUGAUUCCAUUUUCAAAAUUUUACCACAUGAAAAGGUCGACCAACAAAAGAUAUCAAGUGACAUAUGUUCAUCUCGUGAAUUUUUGGCUCUAAAAGAAGGCUCAACUGUUAUUUCAGUUCAAUACAAUGGAAUGAGAGAAGAAAUUCGUAUUUUUGCUUCUCCACCAGCUGAUCAAAUAGAGUUUUUAUUAAGUUUAGGUUCAUCGGCCGAGGUUUCUUUCUGUGGUGGUAAAGAGACAUGGCUUUUACAACCAAAGAUUUAUUCCAAAUUUAUUUCAUCAGAUAAUAAAGAACAAAACUCACUCUCAAUCACUCCAGGUGAUAAUAAUUCAUUCAAAGUCACUUGUCAAAAACAAUCAAAUGAUCCACAAAAUGUUAUUGUGACUAUUAGAAACAAAAAGAGUAUUAGCAGCCCAUUACCAGAAGCCCAUUCAAUUAAAAUUCCAUUCUUUUGCCGUCAACCAUCAUAUGUUCAUAUUCAAUUUAUAAAAUUACCAACUGAAGAAGAAGGUAAACAAAAAUCACGUGAAAUCAGUCGUUUAAAUAUUCAUAGUAAUAGUUAUUUACCAUUUAUUGCUAUGAAUUCUAUUGCUAAAUAUGAAAAAGGUAGUACCAAUUAUCCAAUUAUAGUUGCAGAUUCCAUCUUUAUUGCCGCCUUUGCUAUUGGUCUUUAUGUAUAUAAAAAACAUAUGUUUAUUUUUAUAUCAAAUUUAUCACAAAUAUCAACCUCUUUAUUAGAAUCAUUCCGAUCUCUAUUUCCAUACUCUUUAGUAUCACCAAAUAGUUCACUAUUUAAUUAUAUAUCAAAUCCAAAUUUAUCACAAAUAUCAUCCUCUUUAUUAAAAUCAUUCCGAUUUCUAUUUCCAUACUCUUCUUUAGUAUCACCAAAUAGUUCACUACAAAAUUCAAAUCAAUUACAAGUUCAUGUAAUAAUUCAAAAAGUGUUAAUGGAUGUACCUUUCAGCUCUUAUUAUAGACACUAG